AUGCCACCGACCCUCGCGAGCACCUGGGCCGUCAAGGCCACGGCAGGCGAGCCCGUCGCCAUCGUCCGCGUACGUAACCUCCAGUCCGUCGCACGCAUCGGCGCCGACGCCUGGGGCCGGGCCGGCAAGCCCCAGCCCGUGCUCAUCUCCGCCGAGGUUUCUCUCGCCCGCCCGUUCGCCGAGUCCUCGUCUACCGACAAGGUCGAGACGGAUACGGUGCACUAUGGUCUACUGAGCAAGGCCAUUCUCGCCACCCUCGACGAGGUGGACGCGGCCUCCGUCGCCGGAGGAGCUGUCGUGUCGUUGCGGCGCCUCCUCGACACAAUCUGGUGGAAACUCACGAGCCUGGGCGUUGACGGCUCGCCCGCCCCGGGUGCCGUUGACGAUACAAAGGCGUUUCUCAACCUCGCAGCCGUCCGUUACCUGAGUGUCACCAUCCACCUGCCUAAAGCCACACUCUCGGGUGCAGGAGUCAGCCUGACGGGCAUAUCAAUCUUCACUGCUGGUGCACUCGGGCCCGAGGUAGACCUGUACGGCCUGCGCCUGCAGCUGCAUCGGAUACAGGUGCCAAUCUUAGUCGGAAUCAACAGCAACGAAAGGGAGGCGAAGCAGUUGGUUGUUGCGGAUGUCAAGAUUGACAACUUCGUAGAGACUACCGAUAUACACCCCCUUCUCGAGAAGGCCAUCUAUGAUAGUAUGUCCAACUCAUCCUUCGGCACCCUCGAGGCUCUUGCGGUAGACUUGACGGCAGCCCUCAACACCUCACGAGGCCAGGUUCCAGCUGAGGUUCCCUCGGCAGCCGAGUGGCGUAUCAAUAUUCAGCUGGAGAAGCCCGUCGCCGUACCUCUUGCGGAGGGCGCAGGGAUCGAGUUCCUGGCGUCUGCCGCUUCUCUCUAA